AUGCGGUUGAGUUUAUGCCAAAAUGGAUUCCUUCCGCAGCAGGCAAGAAGUCAUCUCAUCGCUGUUCCCCAUCCUUUCAGCGCGCCCCCAUCAUCCGGAUUCUUUCCGAGAGUUGUAGAUAUUUUCCAAAUCCCGCUCUUCAUCGGGUUCCUAUCCUGGGACAUCGUGGUGUGGAACGCAGGAUGGAUAGCGCUGAUGGACUCUGGAAGAUUGAGCUUCAUUAUAUUCUCCAUCAGAGGCUGGCGCUGGCCCAGAGGCGUGGAGCGAUCGUCGGGGAAAGCUCCAGGCGUUCUUGGUAUACGAGGCGAGGCGAAUGAGCAGACUUUUUGCGCGGAUCAGAUGGACCUGAAUGAUGCAGCAUUAAGCGGAAGAGAAGUUGGGAUCAGCACAGAUACCUUGUGGUUGGUCAAGUAUGCUCUCGUGUCUUUGGAACCCUGCACUCAGGUUGAGCGCCAAUACUCAUCCUCCGCCCACUUUGCCAACCGCCUGAGCGAAGCUCUUAGCUUCCAAAGCUUCGAGAGCGUACCAGUGCCUCCUGUUGGAGUUUUGAGGUCAAUCACCGCGAACUCACUGCCAUUUUUGCGAGCAACCACAAUCACCAUUUUCCACUACCAUAAUGCAUGCUUUCCUUGCCUUGUGGAACGCCUUCCUCCAGACCCAGCAUUGUCCGCAAUCGUUGAAAGUGGGCAUGUGCUGCCGCCAUUUUCUGUCCUUAGCCGUGGCUCGGCUUUGGGUGAUAGUCGACCUGUGAUAUGGCUCCGUCUGUAUCAAUUGCGUGGUAGCUGUCAAUUCGUCCCGGGUCGGUUUGAUGUUGAUAGUGUAGUCCACUAUCGGGAGGAACUCGAAUACAGGGCGAACUUGGGUCCUGGAAACGAAAUGUCAGCUCGGAUCGACAAUCAGCGUAUGGGGAACAACAGGACGGACACAUUGAAAUUGGAGAGUGCGCUCCCGAUUUCUAGGCUGAUUCGGGCUGGCAGUAUUCAUCCAGCAUCUGAGCGUCUUGCAAGAUGUCGAGCAGGUCCCAUGAAUCUCGUUCGUCGCUGGGAUGGGGGACUUCUGCUAGAACGAGCGAGGUCAGUCAACAUGCCGCGCCGGAUCUUCCUGCCAAGUUAUGAUUGUCAGCCAUGUUGGAUGUCAAGCUUGUUUGAUACGACCAGUCACUCACCACAGCCGACUCCGGCACCACUCCAAUACCGCCGGAGGUGCUGUGUCCUGGCGAAUAAGGUGGAGGAUGGGUGCAUCAGCCAUGAGGAGAUCCACCACAUCCCUGACCGGGCUCUUGGAGCGGAAACUGCGCGUCGAGCUUCUGCUGGACUGGGAGACAACAUCUGCUUGCAGCGGAGGGAUGUAGCCGAGUCGCAGUCGCCGUGCUCCUAUACAUUCCAGACCAUCAUCGUCGACGUCGACCUCUUUGCUAUUGUCGCAGACGGAGACGGGGCGUUGAGCGAGGGCGGCUACGUGAUGGCACGCUUUGUACAUGUUUAUGUUCAUGUUCGUUAUAAUCAGAUGGCGUUGGCGCUGGCGCUGUUAUCAAAGGCUUUCUUUGCCUUUCUUGGGCUUUUGCGCCCAUCACUCCUCCCAUCAUCGUUCGCCAUGCUCCUCUUUGCGAUUCAUCGUGGCUCUGAGCCCGAGCCGCUGGCGCUUCGUCUUGGUCUUCGUUGUGGAUCAGAGGACGUCGUCGUGGUGACUGUAAAAGUCGCGUCUUCGCGACAGGUACAUUCAACAUUAUCAAAGGCGGCGACGACGGUGGUGAUGCGGCAUUUCAAUCAACUCCAAUCAAUCUCACCACAUUCAAGCGGCAUUCUGAUCAAUUCUGAUUAUCCCGCGCAGACUCUCAAUCUAGGAAGAUGCCACGCAUACCUCGAGAAGCGCAGAGGCAAUGGUGAAGCCAGUCCAGCUCAUGCAAAAUUUCAGCCAAACUUUUCUCCAUCUCCUCGUACAUCAUAUCUGCCGCUGGUCUCGUAUACAAUCCUCGACUUCAAAGCUCAUUGUCCCAAGAAGGAUCAAGAAAUUGUAUCAGUAUUGAUAGACGCUGUUACCUACCGAAUGUUUGGUAUCGAUGCAGAUUCUAUUGCUACGCGAACGGCCACCAUCGUUGCUGUGCAUGUCCGUUCAUGGCCAUGGAAACAGGACUUGAUCAAGACCGGCCUGGGAGUUUGA